AUGAAGGAUCUGCAUGCGAAAGGCAAGGGAGGCAGCCCUGUGAAGGGACUGCCGAAGCUGCGCUCGACAGCGGCGACCACCACCACCUCCGUCGUAGUAGCGGGGGAAUCAAACGGGCUGGGUAGCAGCGGCAGCACCUCCUCCGUGCAGCUCGAGACACCGGCACCGUCCUUGCUGAACUCUGCGCGUAAAGAGGAAACAAGGCAACACCACCACCACCACCAACAGCAGCCCCACAAGGCUUCAAAAGUUUCUCCCGCGAAUGCACCGGCAGAUGAGCCGGCAAACACGACGGCAGACGCGACGGAUAUUUCGUCGGGAAGGCCGAGCAACGCCUCCGCCUCGACAGCAGCACCGAGUGCUUCGGCCUCUUCUGUAUUUCUCGAAGGCACCACCAACACCGGCAGUACCGCAACGGAAGGAGGAGGCGCAGGCGGCAGCGCGAACCGGCAUCCGACGUCGACGCUCCCUUCAGCAGCGUCGGAGCCGACACCGCACCCACAGCGACAACUACAAAAGCAGCAACAUCCAGAUCGCAGCGCCACCGGCGGCUCCUUGCUAGCCACCAGAGACGGCAGCCCGGCCUCUUCGCCGCGCCUGCCGGCACAGGGAGAGUCCUCGAGCGGCUCCCCCGUCAAACACACCCGCGCCCGCAGCACGUCAUUGCCACCGCCGCCGGCGUCCCCGGCUGGCAGGGAUGUCGGUUUCGCCUUACCUCGCUACGCCGCCGCAAGAGACGCCGGCGACCCUGCCGUGGCGACGGCAGAGGCGCAUUUACCGCUACGGCGCGGCGCCGGUGCGUCUGGCAAUGAGGUGGGCACGAUGAGCAGGAGCAGUCGACGUGGCAGCAGUGACCGCAGCACCACCACGACCGCCGCCUCGCUUCAGGAGGGGCCGCGCGAGGUGCAAAGGAGGUUGGACGUGGCAGUCGCAACUCCGUCCUCGUCUGGCGGUGUUGCGGCGGGUGCUUCCGGGUUGUCUAACCCGCCUGCGGGGACAUCACUAUUCCCUCCCCCGCCAACUACUGAGGCGGGAGGAGAGGCAGCGACAGGGUCUGCAACUGGGAAAAGUGAAGGAGCCCCACAAGACAAGCACAACGGCGACAAAAAAAGCUCGUCGCGACCUUCGCGGCUCCUCGCCUGCUCGCCGCCGCCCCCGGACUCGUCCACCGCACCGGAGAGCGCGACGUGCACCGACGACGUCACAAGUCCGGCCACCACGACAGCAUCCGCUCCGAAGAAGCGCAAGAAGAAGGCAAAGAAGAAGACUUCUGCUGCUGCUGCCGCCGCCGCCUUCGACAGCAUGGCUGAAGAAGGCAGCGCUGCCGCAGGUGCGAACACCAACAACAGCGGUGCCUCCAGCACCGGCGAAACAAAAGGCGCGGCAGCAGCGAAUGCGGUUUUUCCGUCCCCUGCCAUGGCGGCCGCCCCCACCACCGGCGGUCCAUCGCGUGGAGACGCCGCCGCUCGCCAGGCCGCCGCGGCUGCUACGGCGCUGCGUAGCUACGGCGACGGGAGCACGCCCCACCCCCAUCAACACAGCAACCGCAGCAAUACGAGCAGCCACGUCAGCUACGGCGCCUAUCCGCCAGGAAACGCAUCGCAUGAGGAGGGCAGCGGUGGCGGCAUUGGGAAUGGCGGCCCAGCGCCACGGCCGACACCGCAGAUGAAUGCCAACGGCUACGCCGCAAACGCAGAGUACCUGCAGCAGGCAGGCAGCAGCAACAUUGGUAAUAGCUGUGGUGGCAACAUGGGCGCCUAUGGACCACCUAAAAUGAUGAUGAUGAUGGGCAGCGACGGCAGCAGUGGCGGCGUGGGAGGCAAUCCUUACGGGUACUACGGCGGCGGCUCACGCGGAAAUGGCAUGCCUCCGUCACACCUGGCCCAGCAUCGCACGAUGCACGCACAGCAGCAGCAGCAGCAACCGCAGAUGACUUACAUGCCUCAAGGAAUGAUGGUGCAGCAGCAAGGUGGUGGUGGCUAUACGACCCUCAACAACGGAGGUAGUAUGCGCCCCACCUCCGCGUCCCGACGUGGAGCUGGAGGAUAUCAGCAGCCACAGCCACAGCCACAGCAACCAAAGCAGCCCCCACAGCCGUCUCCGCCGCUUCACAGACGUACCAUGUCCGCACAGCUGUACAUCAACAACAAUGUCACCACCAACAACUAUCUCAUGAACAGCGGCAAUGCGAUGAUGCAAGUGCAGGUGGGGGGCGGCUACACUCCCCUUCACCACCACCACAGCAACAGCAUCGGCGGUGUUCAUCAUAACAGCAGCAGCAAUACGAGCGGAGGAGCCGCCGCCGCAGCUGGCUACUUCAACAACGGAAUGGACAGCAACCCCGUUUAUGCAUCUGACACUCAACAGCAGCAGCAAGAGUCGCCCCAGCAUCCACAGCAGCGAAACAUGCUCUACCCCUACCCCCUCUCAUUCGCGCCAGCACAGAUGUACUACCCUCCUGCAAAUGGGGGUAGCAUGCAGCCUGGCGGCGGGGCUCACAACACGAACAGCGUCAAUAACCCGCAUCACCGACUCCUUAGCACCGACUAUCAAGGCAGCGAGUAUAACCACACCCUCAACAGCAACGGCAGCGCUACGGUGCGUGGAGGCGGCGGCUACCGCGACGGCGUGCCCUCGCGCGUCGGUGCGGCUGGGGGCGCAAGCGGAGGAAUGCGUGCGACAGCUGAUGCUGCUGCUGUUCCGAAUCCUUUUCCCUUCACCCCGGAAGUCAGCCCCCGCCUGUGUCGCCUCGUGGAGCAGGAGGUGCUGACUUACCUAACUCCCUCACUGCCCUGCCUGCAGCGCCGUCGGCAACAGCUGCGCACCCUCGCCGAGUACAUCACCGCUGCUUUACGCCAUGCCGGCCGGCAGACGGGCCACGAGUACGGCGACAUCUCGUUUUACAUUUUCGGCAGCGUCAAUAUGCGCACGGUGCUGCCUGACGGUGACAACGACGUGACGGUGGAGGUGGAUGGGUUGUUGUCGACGGAGGCCAGCCGCAGUCCACCCCCGCCGCCCACACCGGAGGAGGCUGCCGCGCAGAGGGCUGCAGCCGCAAUGAAGCCCGCGCUUCCGCCAGUCACGACGGACAGCAGCGCCGGCGACGUCGAUGGCACGAUGCAGCUGACCACGACGGCGGAUGGCCAGCCGCGUCUGGCGGCGCCGGCGGUGCUGAGCAUCGCCUCCGGCGAGGUGCUGGGCCGCGUACGGGAUUACCUGCGCAACUCCAAGACGCCCAUCUUCGUCGACUCCCUCGUGAUGGCCGAGGUGCGGGUGCUGAAGCUGGUGAUGGAGGGCUGCAACUACGACAUUACGAUUGGCCAGUUCGGCGGGGUAAACUGUGUGCGCUUCCUGCACGAGAUGGACGCUGCCAUUGGCGGGCAACACCUGUUGAAGCGUACGCUGCUGCUGCUGAAGGCGUGGAGCUCCUUCGAGGCGCACGUGCUGGGUGGGCAGGCGGGCUACAUCGGCUCGUACGCCGCGACCGUCAUGCUCAUCUCGAUGAUCAACACGGUGGAGUUUCUGGAGGACGUGGAGGGCGUGCCCCUGCGCAGUGCGGCGGCGAAGAGAGCCGGCUCUGCGUCGAGUCGGAUGGUGCACGACGCAGCGCAGCAGGACAUCGUGGGCGGCGCCGUGCAAUCGCCGAAACGUGCAACGACGGGUGGAGCAACACCAGAGAAGGGCGAGUCGGCCGCGACGCCAACACCGACGAAACACACGUCAUCGUCCUCCUCGUCGCCCUCUUUCUCCCCAUCUUCUGCAACCAGUGCCGCACACCGCGGCGGUGGCGGUGGUGAAGAAGAUUGGGAGAGGAGUGGCGACCACAAUGAUGAAUGCGUGGCGGGUCCAGCGGCACAUGCAUCAUCGGCGGUCGAGGACCAAAAAGAAGAUGCAACGAACAGCGCAGAUCGCCAAGGAAAAGGCCCUUCCAUCGGCGCCUUCCACCGACUCUCCCCUCUCACCUUGCUGGCCCGCUUCGUCAAGUUCUACGCGUACUUCGACUUCGAUCACUACUCCGUCACCGCCUUUGGUCCGCUGCCGCUGCAGAAGAUCAACUCCACCCCGUUAGAUUUGAGCUACCUGGAAGUGGACGCGGCACACAACCGCCCGCUGACGGGGGACACAGCAGCGAACCACGCCGCCGCCGAUGUGAACUUUCUGGGCUUAACGGCGGAAGGUGAAGCGACGAUUGGCCAUUUGAUCCGUCGCCGUCAGCAGCCGCUUUUGACGGUGAGUGGCGUGCGGCACCUGUUGGAUGAAGUGAACCAGUCGCGGCGAGCGGAGCGGCAGGCGAAGCACAACGCUCGCCGAGCUGCCACCGCUGCUACUGUGUCCGCUGAGGCUGGUGAGGAGGCGAAGUGUGAGGAAAGGGGAGGCAGCAGCAGCAACAGCAGAGAUCUACACACGCCGGUCCAGCUCGAUCGUGCCGGCUGCAGCAGCGAAGACGCCGGGUUGAUGUGCCCGUCGUGCAACACGGCGGCCUUCCCGGUGCGCGACAUGAACGUGCUGGACCCGCUGCGGUGGAGCAGUAACAUGGUGCGGGGUGUGUGCCGCAAUCACCUGCAGCGCAUCCGGUGCGCGUUCUUAGAAGGGAUUCGCCUGCUGGACGUCGCCUCUCGGCAGCUUGGAGGUGGUGAUGGUGGAGAUGUGUAUCGCGGAGAUGGCCACUUGAGUACCUCAGCAAACACCGCAACCACAGCGGCGGCGGCAGCAGGAGGAGGAACAGCUGCCAACGCGAUGGAUGCCGCGUCGCCGGCCUCUCAGCAGUCCGCGCUCAGCGGGACGAGUAGCUGUCGCAGUUGGGUAGACAACAACAACGGGGCUGUACCGCCUAUCCUCGGCACCCCGGCGAGCGAGGAGGACGUGACGGCUGAUGCUGCUGCGGUUGUUGGAAACAACUACAACCUAGGAGAAAGAUUAGAAGGCGGUGACGACGGCGAAGACUCGCUGCUCUAUCCCGGCUACCCCGCCCCCCACUCGCAGUGCACGCGGCGAGAGGUGGCGGUGCUGCAGCUGCUGUUUCCACGCUCUAUCGAUUCAAUUCGCAAGAACAGCGCGUCGAACUGCCCGUGGAACCGCGAGAGUGCGGAGGAGAUGGCGCUGGAGGGCGUGCCGCGAUGCCCGACCUGCGCCUGUCCGUCUCUGCUCUGCACCCCCGAUAUCCAUCGCAUGUGUGAGCCGCAGCUCAUCUUCCACGCAGCCGCCGCAGCUGUUGGUUCACCCACCACACGGACAAGCCCAACUGCGCUGAGUGGGGCCAACACACGGGCACCGGCACCUCAGCAGCAGCAGCAGCCCUCCUCAUCAUCGUCACAGGCUAUGAAUCCUCCUCUGCCAUUCGGCAAAGCAGCGUUGUCCCAACAGAAACAGACACCGCAGCAAACAAACAGCACAGGACGUCGCUUCAAUCCGGUGGAGCACGCAACCGGAGAGCUGGAGGAGGCAAUGGCGGGGGAGGACACAAGCGAGGCGGCACGCAGCGGCGGGCCGUUGGGAGAGGCGAUGGUGCCGCCGGUUCGCAUGGUGCCGGCCAUGUCGCAGGCGAACAGCGUUGGCAGCACCGUGCACACGGGCACUCAGGGAAGCAACGGCGGCGGAAGAGGCGGCAACAACACCCACACCAACAAUGGGGUGCUGUACGGAGGUACGCCGAUGGAAGCCCCGCAUGCCUCUCCGUUACAGCCUCAGAUGCUAAACAACAGCAGCAGCAGCGGUGGUGGUGGCGGGGCUGCGACGCCGUCCAUGAUGCCGCCACACGGGUUGUAUUCUCCUGGGCCGGCGUCCGCCGGUACCAUGGAGACGUACGGCCCAGCAAACAUGGGUAUGCGAAUGCUGACAUCUGCCGAAGAGGACUACUAUGCGAUACAGAGCGCCGCCGCAGCAGCGGCGAUGCACGCAAAUAUGGGUCGCGGCGGCGGAGGCGGCGGUCAUGGUGGUCCUUACAACCCACAGCCGCAACAGCAGCAGCAGCAACAGCGCUUCCACGCACAUCCUCCGCACCACCACCAGCAGCACAACAACGGCGGGUACAUGUCGAGCGCCGCGAUGAUGAUGCCCGGUGGAGGCGGCGGGCACCCAAACACCAACGGCGUCAACAACGGCGGCCCAACGUCUUCCCCGUCGCACACCACCGGUAGCGUACACGUGGGCAGCGGCAGCGGUGGUACCGCGCAGCUGUACGUGCGCCUCGGCCACCAACACGCGUCACCUAAUUCAGGCGGCUACAACGCGGCCAGCGUCACGGGCAGCGGCAACAGCCUGGGACUGAUGGGACGCACGUACGGUGGAGGCGGUGGCGGCAGCAGCAGCAGCAACAAUAACAACGGUGGAGGAGGUAGUGGUGGUGGUGGUGGCGGGUAUGGCGGCUGGACCCCCAAUUCGUCUUCUCACCCUUCGCAACAGCUGCAACAGCAGCAGCAGAACGCGCUUGCGCCUCCUGUGCCGCCACUGCAGCAGCAACCACAACGCGGGCCUUUCGGCGAGGGAGGCCCAUCUCAGGCUGGCUCACGAAGCCUGUAUGGAGGCGGCGGACAUCUGAAGGCGCCGACGAAGGAGACGGGAAAGGGCGACAGGGAUACGGCAACGCUUACGCAGAACGUGUGA